AUGGACAGCACCCAAGAUGAUGACAUGUAUCUCUUCGACUCGAGCCUUGGUCAGACGCCGGCAGCUUUCCCUAGCCAGGCAUUCGAUGACUUUCUUGCUGGAGGGACGCCACGACCAAGUGGUAGCUCAUCCGCCGCUUUCAUAAAUCCAGAGGAUUUUGUCCCCAAGCCAUCGUCUACCACAAAUACUUCAAGUGCAAUACUGAAGCAGGAGAAGGGCAUCACCCAUUCGGGAUCCGCUUCCUCGAGCGCGGACUCAUUGACUAAUGCGAAUAGCGUACGCCCUCAAAAGACGUCAACCACAAGCACAUUAAGUGAUGUUGGACGAUCAAGCAAUUGGCAAAGUGGUAUAAAUGGACUCACAAUGCCGUCGGGCGACGAGCUGUUUAACACUACAGGGCUGACGGGCUUGGAAGACUACGAAGUGAGCAAUCAACAGAUGGCGUCUGAUUUUGACUUUGAUACAGCGGCCAGCACUCCCAGUGGCUUUGCAAAUUCAAGCCUGUCCCCUACAAGGCAUUCUGCUGGGUUGGCUUCUUUUCGAACUUCCGUAAGCUUCAGUUCUCUAGCACAGCUGAGGAAUGCAUCUCCUCGAUUGCCCGCGCAAGGCCAAUUCUACCUCGGCACGUCCCGUGAGACAUCACCUAUGAAUACCAUGCUUCCACCAUCUAGCCAAUCACCAUGGGCUAAGAACUCUCCUUCGUCUGGCUUGGAAGAGACGUUUAACGGCAUUACGAUGAAUGGAGAUUCACCAGGAAACGCAACAUUUUCGCCAAAUCUUCAAUUCACAGCCAACAGUCUGAGUUUCGAUCCACCAGACUCAAGUGCCACUCCGUCGACCUUCAACAAAGACAUAUCCUCUCCCCCGUGUACUGCUAAUUCCGCUGAAAGCAUGCCAUCACUGACGGUAUAUCCUACCUCUCUAAAAUCGCGUGUGGAAACUCAAAUACCGAUCAAGAUGACGCUAGCACCACUGCCAACCGGCGUGACAAAGUUGAGACUUCCCGCUUACACUGUUUCUAAGCCGAAGUUUCUGGCUAAGCCAGAGGCCGAGCGUGCUCCCGAGAUUCUGGAACUGUAUACUUCGCUGGUUUGUACCAGUGCUAUGCAAGACCCAACGAGGCUCCAGCGAGCUUUUGCAAGAGCACGAGGUGAAGAGGUUGCGCCUCUUUCUAAGCCGAGCCCUGCAUCAUCGAUUGACUCACCGUCUUCCAGGGACGACGAGGAGAAGCCAUUGGAAGGUGGAGAAGUCAAAAUAUGCUCUGGAUGCAUACAAAGAGAGAGAAAAAGGGCUUCACGGAAGAAGCAGAAGAAGCCUGAUGAAGAAGAGAUGUUUCAGAAGGACGAGGAGAAGCGUGUAAUUGUUUUUAAUACCAAUGAAGUCAAGGAAUGGGCCGAACCUGCAAAAGAUGCCCCAACUGGAAUCUCUGGAUAUCAAGGUAAUCCUCAAGCACCGCUUCCCAAGGGAGCCAUGCAGGUUGAGCUUCCUAUGCGUAUUGCUUGCUACUGUCGACAUCAGAGCGAGAAACUUGGUUUUCAAGUUAUCUUCACCAUCAAGGACUACCGAGAUAAAGUGGUUGCCCAGGCCAUGACAAAUUCAAUCAUGAUCACAGAUGAUCACAAGACUCACAAUGCUCCUCCACCUAUCCCCACCUCAAAUCCUUCUCUUCCCAACGCAUCUCCGUUACCCGGUGCUGGCGUCUUCUCCACAGGGGGAAUGGACAUGCCUGGAGGCCAAUCGAUGGGUCCGAAAAUGUUCAAGCAGUCACUGUCAACUACAGACUUGCAAGGGUUGCAACGUAAUUUCAACCCUAAUUUUCCCAUGAACCCUUCUCCCAACCCAUUUACGGUACCUUCGGCUAUAUCUUCGAAUACAUCGGCAACUCUCACCCCCCGAAAUCUGUCAAGACCAGCGUCUCCAACAGGGUUCUCUGGUCCUUCCAAACGGCGAAAACAAAGCGGAUCUGGGAAGAUUCCCUCUGGUUUGACCAUGACACGUUUAGAGACUUCACAACCUUAUGGUGGCUCCUCUACUGUUCCAAACACCGCAACAGCGUCUUCAUUCGCUCCAAACUUUAUGAGUGCGACAUCCGAACGCUUUCCUCAUUCAUCAAGGCAGACUGGCUACGACACAAAUCCUCCUACACCCAACAGCAACGACCAUGGUUUCGUGACUGCAGUGAAUAGAUCUUUUAGCAUGGAAAACCUGCCUAGGCAGGCUAUGCUGUCCGCUCCAAGCUCCCGGCAGCCCAGCAGGCCGGGAAGCGCUGGCUCGCACAGAAACAGUUUUGGUGCUGAUCAACAGUUGAGUCAACUCAGUGGCAGCCACCUCUUCGGCAAUCAUUCACGCUGUCCACCUCCACUGAUUCACAAAUUAGUGCCUGCUGAAGGCUCGAUUACUGGAGGCACCGAAGUGACGCUGCUCGGCAACGGAUUUUAUCAGGGGUUAGAGGUCAUGUUUGGUGAUACUGAAGCGACCACGACAACCUUCUGGGGCGACAAAUGUCUCCACUGUAUCACACCUCCUGCCCUGCAGGCGGGCACUGUCGCAGUGGUGUUCAAGCAUGAGCAUCCUGAGUACCCGUCUUUGCAACAACAGCCACAACCCAGACAUAUUGUGUUUACAUAUACUGACCAUCGAGAGGUAGAAAUGUAUCGACUAGCAUUAAAGACGGUGGGCAAGCAAAUGCAACAUCCGACCGAAGAUCCUUACUCCGUCGCACAACAGCUCUUAGGAGGACCAUCUCCAUCAUUUUGGCCCAGCAAUCCAGGAGGCUACGGAGGAAGGAUCAGUCACCGGCCAGGCAGACCGCUUACGCACGGCAUGAAUUUGACCGAGCUCGAGUCUCAAAUGCUCACAUUUCUAGAUUACUUGGACCUUGGAGGAACGGCUAAACCAUCUAUGUUGGACACCAGGAGUCACACUGGCGUCACAUUGCUGCAUCUGGCAUCUUUAGCAGGUCUUACUCGUUUCGUUGCAGGGCUGUUGUCCCGAGGUGCCAAUCCAAAUGCUUCGGACAAGAAUGGCAAUACACCUCUCCAUCUGGCAGCCAUGAACGGCCAUUCCAACAUCAUCCAUCGACUGCGACUUGCUGGCGCGGAUCACAGAAUCAGGAGCAUCCGUGGAGCAGCCUCGAAUAUACGAAGUCGUCGUUCCAGCGCUACCUCUCUAGAAUGGGACUCCGAUUAUGUGUCGGACGACUUCGAAGGUCCUGAAUCCAAUGAUUUGGGCCCUGAUCCAUCCGUGAUGUCGGAACACAGUAUGGACGAGCGCAAAGCGACAACUCUUCCACCAGCGCACUACAUGUCUGCCUGGCGUGACUCGCUAGCAGCGCAAAUCCAGCAGUUCCAUGAAAGCGCCAGUUGGGGAAUGCCAAAUCUCAGUCUACCUGCUCUUCCAAAUUUGCCGGACUAUCAGGCAUAUUUGAUGGUUCGCCGAGUCAGCUCUUUAUUCCCACAUCGGCCGAGCGCAUUGGAGAACUUAGCUGGCCUUGGGCCUGCUUCUCCAACGGCGCCUCCUGCUUACAAUGAACUGUAUCCCAACGAAGCCAGAAGGCUUGAAGACGAUGACAUGAGUAUCAAGAAGUCCUCCGCUGUACAAGCUGCCACUGAGGCAAUACUGGACUGUCAUCUUCAUGCUGUCGAAUCAGCUACUUCCUCUCAAAAGAGCACAAAGAAGGUUGCCACCGAAAAGCAGCUUCGAUCACUGAAAGAUUUAGUGCGAGAGCUUGGCAGGAUUUUUAUCGGCCGAAGUGCCUUGUUUGUGGCGAUCACAUCCGCGUCAACACUGAAUUCAGUCAUCUUCAAAGAAAAGGCCUCCGCACCUGUCACUGGAAAAUUCACCUCGUUAUUCCCGGGCUUGGGAUACGCUGCUGGCUAUAAGAUCCUGCAAAGAGUCUACAAAUACGGCGGCCAGCCCUUUGUGCGCGACUACCUAGCCAAAAACCACGGCGACACUUUCGACUCCACCUUUGGCAAAGGCACAGGAAAGGCGAUCAUGAACGCCACCGCCGGCUCCCUCAUCGGCAUCGGCGAGAUCAUCCUCCUCCCCCUCGACGUGCUGAAGAUCAAACGUCAGACCAACCCGGCCGCCUUCCGUUCGCGCGGCUUCUUCCGCAUCGUCGCCGACGAAGGAAUGGGCCUCUACCGCGGCGCCGGCUGGACCGCCGCCCGCAACGCCCCCGGCUCCUUCGCCCUGUUCGGCGGCUCCGCCUUCGCCAAGGAAAAGAUCUUCCAGCUGCAGGACUACAACGCGGCGAGCUGGUCGCAGAAUUUCGUCGCCUCCAUCUGCGGCGCCUCGGCGUCGUUGAUCGUCAGUGCGCCGCUCGAUGUCAUCAAGACGAGGAUCCAGAAUCGCAAUUUUGACAAUCCCGAGAGUGGGUUUAGGAUCGUGGGGAGCAUGAUGCGCAAUGAGGGGAUCACGAGCUUCUUCAAGGGAUUGACGCCCAAGAUGUUGAUGACGGGGCCGAAGUUGGUGUUCAGCUUCUGGUUGGCGCAGACGCUGAUUCCGGCUUUUGCCACGGUGGUGUGA